UUAUAUAGUACGGCAUGGAAUUAGCCAGCUCUGCAUUUUCUAGUGGGACUGUGGUGACUGCAGUUCGCGUAUUGAUCAAGCGGGAAGACGGAGCUGGAUGCCACCUAGACUUGCUAUGACAUCUCAAGACGCAGAUCCAGCAGGGAGCACCGUCACAACACAUCGUUCUAGGCUAUUGGAAGAGUGUCAUCGUCUUAUUGACUUGUACGUGCACGUGAAAGCGACGCAAUCAACCGAAUACAACAUCGAGUGUGCAUAUGACGCAGUAGUGAUCCGGACUGCUCGAGAAGUAGAGAAGAGGCAUGUCGCUCAGUUCGACGAGAUGUGCUCGAAGCUAAACAUUACUCAAUCUGGUGCCUAUUCGACCUUUCAAAGUGUGUGCCAAGAGUUGUUCUCCACCGGAAUCAAUUGGGGUCGAGUGUCCGGGUUUUUUGCUUUUGGGGGAGCACUAGCUGAGGCCUGUAUCGAAAAACGUGUGCCCAAUGCAAUCAAACAAGUCAGUCAUUGGAUGAAAUCUUUCUUGGAAGGAAGUUUACUAGAAUGGAUUGAGAGCAAAGGAGGCUGGGAAGGGUUUGAGCAACACUUCAGUACUAAAACACAACCGUCCCAGUUCACUAGUGGUUGUAUGACGUCUUCCUCGAUGAAGAAAAUGUUAGCUGUUGGCCUCGGUUUCGGUACAUUGUUGUUGAUGGUGUCUGUGAAAUGAGGAUCAGACUUUGGAAUGCCUGAACUACAGACAUCUUGUUAGGCGAAUUCAAGGUGUUUUGGUGUCACUGUUAGCUUGGAAAUGAUUAGAAAUAUUGUUGUGCUGUGAUUUGCUAAUGGUAGGCUUUGUCAAGCAAUGAGCGUUUUUGAUAAGUCUGUUUGCUGCUUUAGCUUUUAUUGGUUUAUAAAAAAGUUCUCAAACUGUA